AUGGCUCGAAAAUGGUAUCCUGUACACAAGGUCAAAUACAACAUUGCCCUUCCUGACCCCGAUAUGCCUCCCGGCCGCCUUCACCACGCCAUCCUCGUCCAAACCAAGAAGAACGGGUCCGGUACCCUCUACCAUGUUAUCGGCGAUAUCACUUCGAGAGGCGGAAUGACUUACGAGAGCAAGAAGACGGAAAAUCCGGCGGGCUCGCGGUCUUUCCACUCCCAGGAAUUACUGGGUUACACCCACUCCGACGCCCACCCGGGACAGUGGAAUUCGGUCCUCAGCUUGCUGCCCACUCCACCCCAACAGAAGGUCUCAAACCCCAAGAAGCAUGGCCGGGUCGAGCCCUUCAAGGAGAAAAUCGGCGAGUACCAAUACGUCUUCUACGAACCUGGGGAGGACCGCCAACCUCUUUGGAAGUGCACCGAGUGGGUUGAGUGGUAUGCCAUUCCGGCCCUGUGGGAGAACGGUCUCAUUCAGGACCAGAUCCCCUCCACUGAGGGUCAGUCAUCGUCAUCGGAAUGGGUUUGGGACGAAGGGGUGGGACUUUACAGAUACUGGGACGAGACGGCUAAUGUCUGGGUAUGGCAAGAGCGGGAGUGA